AGAAGACAAGACAUCAAAACACAGAUGAAGAAUAUAUACCCAAAAGCAGCAAAAGCUUCACUUUCACACCUUCUAAAGAGUUUUGCCUACAAAAACCCUCAUGAAAACGUUCUUGUUCACCCAUUAGCCUCACCGCAGUUACAUUCGAGCUUUCAGUUUUCCGGCUCAUCCUUUUCUUGUGUUCCAAAAUGGCUCGUAAUCUGAAGGCAUUUUAUGCUCUGGGGCUUUUCAGUCUUUUUCUGUUGGUCCAAAAAGGUGGUGCGUAUGAGUUCACGGUUGGUGGCUCGAAUGGCUGGACAAUCCCCAGUGAUUCAAAUGCGCUGAAUCAAUGGGCAGAAAGAAGCCGGUUUCAAAUCGGAGACACUCUGUUGUUUGUGUACCCACCAGACAAAGACGUAGUGCUUCUAGUGAACAAGGAUGACUACAACAAUUGCAGCACAGCAACACCCAUUGCAAAAUACACAGACGGGCACACAGAAUUCAAGUUCAGCCAGUCUGGGCCUAUCUACUUCAUAAGUGGAGUCAAAGACCACUGCCUCAAGAAUGAAAAGCUGCUGGUGGUUGUCUUGGCAGAUAGAAGCGGCAAGAAAUCUGCACCUUCUCCACCGCCAUCAGCUGCUUCUCCUCCACCGCCAGUAGCUUCUCCUCCACCGUCAGCUUCUCCGCCAGCUGGAUCAGAGGAGCCUACCCCAUCGCCGGGGCCUUCAGCCGAUCAGACUCCAUCAAAGAAGAAAAAAAAUGGUGCAACUUCUGUUGUCGUGAGUUUCGUUGGGUCCAUUGGGGCUUUACUGGGUUCAUCUCUUCUUUUGGUUCUCUAAUUUCUCCAGGAUUUGCUUUUGAGUUUGAUUGAUUGUUUUGUGUUCUUUGUCUAUUCAUGAUUUUCAGCCACCUUGAUCCCAGGGUUUAAUUACUUCAAGGUUUGUUGGUAUUUGAUGUUCGUUGUGCUAUACAUUUGAUAAAUAAGCUGGGUUUUGCAGAUUGCGGGUUCGAUAAUUGUUAAUCUACCAUGUAAGAACAAUGUACAAAAGGAAAUAAAUUGAAUUUACGAGAAA